GACACCCCCCUCCCGGUCCCCUGGCGGGGCUGCUUGGCUCCGCCGCGGCUUCGGCUCCGGAGGCGCAGGAGGGAGCAGCGGCCGGAGGGAGCCCGGGCUAUUCGCUCUCUCUCCCCUCGCUCGCGGGACGCGCCCGCCGCCGCGCAGAGCCGCCGGCAGUGCCGCGGAGCCCAGGCGAAGCCCAGCGGGGCAGUGCCGCGGCGGCCGGGGGCCCGUUCCUCACCGGACACCCUGUCCCAAGUUCCCCGCCCCGCCCGCACCGCCAGCGGCGGCCGGGGCACCAUGAGGCGGUCGGGGGGCUCACUGCUGUUGCUGCUGCUGCUGCUCGGCGCCCUACUCUGCGCACACGGCCUGGCCAGCAGUCCUGACUGUGUAUGUGGCCGAAGCCACUUCACAUGUGCGGUGAGCGCCCUGGGGGAGUGCACCUGUAUACCAGCUCAGUGGCAAUGUGAUGGUGACAAUGACUGCGGGGACCACAGCGACGAGGAUGGCUGUAUGCUUCCCACCUGUUCCCCUCUGGAUUUUCACUGUGACAAUGGGAAAUGCAUCCGGCGAUCCUGGGUGUGUGAUGGUGACAACGACUGUGAAGAUGACUCCGAUGAACAGGACUGUCCUCCUCGAGAGUGUGAGGAAGAUGAGUUCCCCUGUCAGAAUGGCUACUGCAUUCGAAGCCUGUGGCAUUGUGAUGGAGACAAUGAUUGCGGGGACAACAGUGACGAGCAGUGUGACAUGCGCAAGUGCUCUGAAAAGGAAUUCCGCUGUAGUGAUGGCAGCUGUAUCGCAGAGCAUUGGUACUGUGACGGUGACACGGAUUGUAAAGAUGGCUCUGACGAGGAGAGCUGCCCCUCAGCAGUUCCCGCACCCCCCUGCAGCCUGGAGGAAUUCCAGUGCGCCUAUGGCCGAUGCAUCCUGGACAUCUACCACUGUGAUGGGGAUGACGACUGUGGGGACUGGUCCGACGAGUCCGACUGCUCCUCCCACCAGCCCUGCCGAUCAGGGGAGUUCAUGUGUGAUAGUGGCCUCUGCAUCAAUGCUGGCUGGCGCUGUGAUGGGGACGCGGACUGUGAUGACCAGUCCGAUGAGCGCAAUUGCACUACUUCUAUGUGCACGGCGGAGCAGUUCCGCUGUAAGUCUGGCCGCUGUGUCCGUUUGUCCUGGCGUUGCGAUGGGGAGGACGACUGUUCAGACAACAGUGAUGAGGAGAACUGCGAAAACACAGGAAGUCCCCAGUGUGCCUCAGACCAAUUCUUGUGUGGGAACGGGCGCUGUAUCGGCCAGAGAAAGUUAUGUAACGGUGUCAAUGAUUGUGGAGACAACAGCGAUGAGAGUCCCCAGCAGAAUUGUCGGCCUCGGACGGGUCAGGAGAAUUGCAAUGUCAACAAUGGUGGUUGUGCCCAGAAGUGCCAGAUGGUCCGGGGAGCGGUGCAGUGUACCUGUCACACCGGCUACAGACUCCUGGAGGAUGGGCGUUCAUGCCAGGAUGUGAACGAGUGUGCGGAGGAGGGCUAUUGUAGCCAGGGAUGUACUAACAGUGAUGGAGCAUUCCAGUGUUGGUGCGAGGCUGGCUAUGAACUCCGACCUGACCGGCGAAGCUGCAAGGCCCUGGGGCCAGAGCCCGUGCUGCUUUUCGCCAAUCGAAUUGACAUCCGGCAGGUGCUGCCGCACCGCUCUGAGUAUACGUUGUUACUCAACAACCUGGAGAAUGCCAUUGCUCUUGACUUCCACCACCGGCGGGAGCUUGUCUUCUGGUCAGAUGUGACCCUGGACCGCAUCCUGCGAGCCAACCUCAACGGCAGCAAUGUGGAGGAGGUGGUGUCUACAGGCCUGGAAAGCCCAGGGGGGCUGGCUGUCGACUGGCUUCACGACAAGCUGUACUGGACAGACUCGGGCACCUCUAGGAUUGAGGUGGCCAACUUGGAUGGUGCCCAUCGGAAGGUGUUACUGUGGCAGAACCUGGAGAAACCCCGGGCCAUUGCCCUGCACCCCAUGGAGGGUACCAUUUAUUGGACAGACUGGGGCAAUACCCCUCGCAUUGAGGCCUCCAGCAUGGAUGGUUCAGGGCGGCGCAUCAUUGCUGAUACCCACCUUUUUUGGCCCAAUGGGCUCACAAUUGACUAUGCUGGACACCGAAUGUACUGGGUGGAUGCCAAGCACCACGUCAUUGAGCGAGCUGACCUCGAUGGAAGUAAUCGCAAAGCUGUCAUUAGCCAGGGCCUCCCACAUCCCUUUGCCAUCACGGUGUUUGAGGAUAACCUCUACUGGACGGACUGGCACACCAAGAGCAUCAAUAGCGCCAACAAAUUCACUGGGAAGAACCAGGAGAUCAUCCGGAAUAAACUGCACUUCCCCAUGGACAUCCACACCCUGCACCCCCAGCGACAGCCAGCAGGGAGAAACCGCUGUGGGAACAACAAUGGAGGCUGCACCCACUUGUGCCUGCCCAGCGGCCAGAAUUACACCUGUGCCUGCCCCACUGGCUUCCGCAAGACCAGCAGCCACACCUGUGCCCAGAGUCUUGACAAGUUCCUGCUUUUUGCCCGAAGGAUGGACAUCCGUCGGAUCAGCUUCGACACGGAGGACCUGUCCGACGAUGUCAUCCCACUGGCUGACGUGCGCAGUGCCGUGGCUCUUGACUGGGAUUCCCGCGAUGACUAUGUAUACUGGACCGAUGUCAGCACCGACACCAUCAGCCGGGCCAAGUGGGAUGGAACAGGGCAAGAGGUGGUAGUAGACACGAGUUUGGAGAGCCCGGCUGGCCUGGCCAUUGAUUGGGUCACCAAUAAACUCUACUGGACUGAUGCAGGCACAGACCGCAUCGAAGUGGCCAACACAGAUGGCACUAUGAGGACAGUACUAAUCUGGGAAAAUCUGGAUCGGCCUCGGGACAUCGUGGUAGAGCCCAGGGGCGGGUUCAUGUAUUGGACAGACUGGGGGGCCAGCCCCAAGAUCGAGAGAGCUGGCAUGGAUGCCUCGGGCCGUCAAGUCAUCAUCUCCUCCAAUCUGACCUGGCCCAAUGGACUGGCCAUCGACUACGGGUCCCAGCGGCUCUACUGGGCUGAUGCGGGCAUGAAGACCAUAGAGUUUGCUGGGCUGGAUGGGAGCAAGAGAAAGGUGCUGAUAGGAACCCAGCUUCCACACCCUUUUGGGCUGACCCUCUAUGGAGAGCGGAUCUACUGGACUGACUGGCAGACCAAGAGCAUCCAGAGCGCAGACCGGCUGACAGGGCUGGACCGUGAAACACUGCAGGAGAACCUGGAGAACCUCAUGGACAUUCACGUUUUCCACCGGCUAAGGCCCCCAGUGCAUACUCCCUGUGCUGUGGGGAAUGGGGGCUGCAGUCACCUGUGUCUUCGGUCCCCACAUCCCAAAGGUUACAGCUGCACCUGCCCCACAGGCAUCAACCUUCUCCCUGAUGGCAAGACCUGUUCAUCUGGCAUGAGAAGCUUCUUGAUCUUCGCCAGGAGAAUAGACAUCCGCAUGGUCUCCCUAGACAUCCCAUACUUUGCUGACGUUGUGGUGCCGGUCAAUAUCACCAUGAAGAACACCAUUGCUAUUGGGGUGGACCCUCAGGAAGGAAAAGUUUACUGGUCAGACAGCACAUUGCGUAGGAUCAGCCGGGCCCACCUGGAUGGCUCCCAGCACGAGGACAUAAUCACCACAGGAUUACAGACCACCGAUGGGCUGGCCGUGGAUGCCAUCGGCCGGAAAGUGUAUUGGACAGACACAGGAACCAAUCGGAUUGAAGUGGGCAACCUUGAUGGGUCCAUGCGGAAGGUGUUGGUAUGGCAGAAUCUGGACAGCCCCCGGGCCAUCGUGUUGUUCCAUGAGAUGGGGUUUAUGUACUGGACAGACUGGGGGGAGAAUGCCAAGCUAGAGAGGGCUGGCAUGGAUGGCUCGGACCGCACUGUGCUCAUCAACAACAACCUGGGCUGGCCCAAUGGGCUGACAGUGGACAAGGCUGGCUCCCAGCUGCUCUGGGCUGAUGCCCACACUGAGCGCAUCGAGGCCGCUGAUCUCAAUGGUGCCAAUCGGCGCACACUGGUGUCGCCUGUUCAACAUCCCUAUGGCCUCACCCUGCUUGACUCCUACAUAUACUGGACUGAUUGGCAGACCCGUAGCAUCCACCGUGCUGACAAGGGCACGGGGAGCAAUGUUAUCCUGGUGCGGGCCAACCUUCCUGGCCUCAUGGACAUCCAGGCUGUGGACCGACAACGGCCAUUGGGCUCAAAUAAAUGUGGCCUGAAGAACGGUGGCUGCUCUCACCUGUGUCUGCCAAGACCGUCAGGCUUCUCCUGCGCCUGCCCCACGGGCAUCCAGCUGAAGGGGGAUGGGAAGACGUGUGACCCCUCCCCAGAGACCUACCUGCUCUUCUCCAGCCGAGGCUCCAUCCGACGCAUCUCCCUGGACACCAGUGACCACACGGAUGUGCACGUCCCCGUGCCUGAACUCAACAACGUCAUCUCCCUGGACUAUGAUAGUGUGGACGGGAAGGUUUAUUAUACGGACGUCUUCCUGGACGUGAUCAGGCGAGCUGACCUGAAUGGCAGUAAUAUGGAGACAGUCAUCGGACGGGGGCUUAAGACCACCGACGGCCUAGCAGUCGACUGGGUGGCCAGGAACCUGUAUUGGACAGACACAGGCCGGAACACCAUCGAGGCCUCGAGGCUGGACGGCUCCUGCCGGAAGGUGUUGAUCAACAACAGCCUGGAUGAACCGCGGGCCAUUGCUGCUUUCCCCAGAAAGGGGUACCUCUUCUGGACAGACUGGGGCCACCUGGCCAAGAUCGAGCGGUCAAACCUGGAUGGCUCCGAGAGGAAAUUACUCAUCAACACAGAUCUGGGCUGGCCCAAUGGCCUCACCCUGGACUACGAUACCCGCAGGAUCUAUUGGGUGGAUGCUCACUUGGACCGGAUUGAAAGCGCAGACCUCAAUGGGAAGCUUCGGCAGGUCUUGGUCAGCCACGUGUCCCAUCCCUUUGCUCUCACACAGCAAGACAGGUGGAUCUACUGGACAGACUGGCAGACCAAAUCGAUCCAACGUGUCGACAAAUAUUCAGGCCGGAACAAGGAGACCGUGCUGGCUAACGUGGAAGGGCUCAUGGACAUCAUUGUGGUCUCCCCACAGCGGCAGACAGGGACUAACGCCUGUGGUGUGAACAACGGUGGUUGCACCCAUCUCUGCUUUGCCAGAGCCCUGGACUUUGUCUGUGCCUGCCCCGAUGAACCUGAUGAGCGGCCUUGCUCUCUAGUGCCUGGCCUGGUGCCCCCAGCUCCCAAGUCCACCGGCACGAGUGAAAAGAGCCCAGCGCCCGCCAACACCCCCCCUCCCACGUCACGUUCUUCCACGCCCAAGACCCGCACUUCCCUGGAGGAGUCCGAAGGAAGCUGCUCAGGGAAGGAUGGUCGCCAGGGCCUCUGUGCCCAUUCCAACGAGGCUGUACCUGCUGCUCCAGGGGAAGGGCUCCACGUCAGCUAUGUGAUUGGCGGUCUCCUCAGCAUCCUGCUCAUCCUGGUGCUCAUCGCUGCUCUCAUGCUGUACAGACACAAAAAAUUCAAAUUUACCGAUCCUGGCCUGGGGAACCUGACCUACAGCAAUCCUUCUUACCGGACCUCCACCCAGGAAGUGAAGAUUGAAACCAUCCCCAAACCAGCCAUGUAUAAUCAGCUCUGCUAUAAGAAAGAGGCUGGACCCGAGCACAACCACACCAAGGAGAAGAUCAGGAUCGUGGAGGGGAUUUGCCUCCUGUCGGGCGGAGACGAGGCCGAGUGGGACGACCUAAAGCAGUUACGCGGCUCAAGGGGGGGUCUCCUCCUGCGGGACCACGUGUGCAUGAAGACGGACACGAUGUCCAUCCAGGCCAGCUCCGGCUCCUUGGACGACACGGAAACGGAACAGCUUCUCCAGGAGGAGCAGUCAGAGUGCAGCAGCGUCCACACCACGGCCGCCACCCCGGAGAGGCGCGGCUCACUGCCGGACACGGGCUGGAAACACGAACGCAAGCUCUCCACUGAGAGCCAGGUCUGAGUGCCUAGAUCCCCUCCCCUCCCCUCUAAUCCUUCUCCCUCCAAAACAAACUACCAGCUAGUGCCCGUCCCUGCCACCCUCCCCACCCGGGUCCCACUCCAUCCCCAGACUCCCCACUGGAACUGUUCUCACCAUUGUCUACCCCUGCCUCUGCACGAGAAAUGAGGCCUCGUCGGGACCGCUCAGAUCCAGACGUGGUCGCAAAGCCUGCCCCCCUGUACUUGGUCCUGGGAGCAGAGAGAGCCACCCCGCGACAGCCCCCUGAAGUCGGGCCUGGUUUGGACUCAUUCUUCAGUGCAGCUAUCCAGCUCACUCCCUUCCCUUAACUCCUUGAGCUCAUCAUCAGAGGCCCCAGGCCCAUGCAUCAGUGUCAAUAGAGCCGUUUCUCAGUGGGGACCUGCUUGCCCAGCCAGUCGCUGGAGUAAGGAGGGAGGACUGGCUGGAGGGAGGGACGAAGGACAAAAGCGAUCCCAUGGCUUUGGGUGAGGGGUGAGAAGAGAGGAGAGUUGGCCCAGCUGGGAUGGGCAUCCUCCCGAUUUUGCCAGCAAACCUCCCAUCCCCGAGGGUCUUUUGGAAAUAUGGAAAGGUCGGAGGGCCGGCUUGGGUGUCCAUUGCUGGCAAUGGACAGUAUUAUUAGGUCCUUAGAAGUCAGUAGCAAUACUUGAUCUUUCAGUUUUGAUGCCAUACCUGGUCCCACCCACGAGUGGCCUCCCCCUCAUUGGAAGCCUUUGAACAAAGGCCACAUAACCACUUCCUGCAGAUGUAGAGGAGUGGUUAUCUAGAAGGGCUUGGACUCCAGGGCUUCUUAGGACCCUUCCAGCUCUGAGAUGGAAGGAUUCUAGGUCCCCCAACACCCUUCUUUUCUACCAGGCCCCGUCUGCCUUCCUGGGCCUGUGGGGGCCUGUCGUGACUUUCCUGCUUGCCAAACUCUUCCCGGUCCCAUUAUGGGUCAGAACCUUCCCAAAGGGAAGUCGGCCUUGGGGCAGUACGUCAGGUCCCUUGGAUGACAUGGGUGCUCUGACCCUGCAGUGUCCACUGAGAAGCACCAAUUAAUUAGACCCAAUGCACGUCUCCAUCCUGCCCUUUCAGAGCUUCUCCAUGUAUCCUCUGGCACUCUCCAAAUGAACAUUUCAGGGACUGACCAGAAGUCUCCAAGAAGGGUCGGUGGAUUGACUAAGGCUGGAGAUUUGGGCUGCCCAGAACAAGGAGGAAAGAGCUGAAGAAGCUUAAGUUCUCUCUAAACAACAUCAUGAUGUAAGCCCCUAGCUGAUGGGACAGUGAAAGGCCUUAUCCCAUCACAGUGAGUUAGCUUAGCUGCUAGUCUAGGAUGCCAUCCUCUGGCAUGCCCCCAUUCUUCCAGGAGGCAUUAAACCUCAGGCUAGUCCCAAAGCAGAGGAGGGGGAGGGGUGUUGGCCCCCGAGUGUCCCCAACACCCAACACCCUUCACUGCUGUUCCUUCUUUCAGCUCUAGUCACACGGCAUUGUAGUCCCCCAGGAGCUAUUGGGAAGGGGGAGGUUUUCUUUAGCGUCUCCUAUCUGAAAUACAGGGCUGGGCUAUGGGGAUGGCUACCCUCACCGCCGCUCUGGCUCUGCGUCCUGCCCCCAGUUUCAUAUCUUCUGACCCUGGAAGAUUGAUCUGUUGAGGGACAGAGAAGACAGCCUUGGAGCAGGGGUAGGCUACGGCCCAGCUCUGUUCACCUGCGACCAGGCAUGCAAAAGAUGACACAGUAUUAGGAAGGAACGGACCAGGAACCAGUAGGUGAGGUCCUAGUAGAACAUAGCUAAGCGUUUCCUGGUCACUUCUGCCGAGAAUGUUGUUUAGGACCUGAGUUUGGGAGCAGUUGGAUAGAAGGAGGGAAGAGAGGCUCCUGGCCUCUAUCCUGGAGCAGAGGGGGCAUUGCCAGUGGUCCUGCAGCCCAGCCAUGGAAGGGAGCCCCUUAUCUUUGGAGAGAACCAUCGCAGAGCAGCCGGCAAUUUGCCAGCUUGGACAGUUCCUGCGGCCCUGACCUUGUCCGGUUCUGCCCCUUCCCAUAACUGCUAUUGAGAAAACAGGUACAGGUUAGGCUAGUGCAGGGGGAUGACCGGGAGAAAACCCUUUCCUGGCUAAUUUUAACAUGGCCCAGGGUAGAUGUUUAUUCCCUCACUGCUCCCUCCCUGGCCCGUUCAAAGACUAGGCUAGGCAGGCUGCCUGGCCAGGACCGAAAUCCUCUGAUUGUAUGCAGUGGGGGCAGACUAGGGUGCCACAUAGAAAGGGCUGGGGGGCUCAGCGAUGCCACUUCUAGGAGCGAGAGAACAAGACUUCCAGCUCAGAGAGGAAGGAAACUUGUCAUUGUUUGGGGUGGGGAGGGGAAGGGGAAUGAGGAGACAGCUCCCCUGGAAAAGAGAAAGAUCUCAUCGCACUUGGUCUGUGCAGAAUGUAGAGAGGACACAUUUGAUGAAUUAUCUAUUUGAGCACUGAUUUACUAUGUAAAAAGCAAACAAUCUCUUUGUCCUAAGCUAAUGGAAGCAAUUCUCCUGCACUCAUGUGUAAUGGUUUUAACGUUACUCACUGGAGAGAUUGGACUUUCUGGAGUUAUUUAACCACUAUGUUCAGUAUUUUAGGAAUUUAUGAUAAUUUAAUAUAAAUUUAGCUUUUCUUAAUCA